AUGAGGGGCCUGGUCGGCAAUGCCCCGAAGGCCAUCUUCCUCUUCUCGAACCUCUUGAUCAUCCUCGCCGUCCCGUGCCGCGUCCUGUACUUCUUCAAGGCCGACUUGGACCCGGUUUUCCGCGUUCUCGAGGAUGAGCUCAUGGCCUACGCGGUGGCCGGGUCGUGGUUCAUGCUCAUGUUUUUCGCCGGCGCCCUCAAACUCACCGGUCCCUUCGUCGUCAUGAUCUACAAGAUGAUUUCCGGAGACAUGUUCACCUUCUCGAUCGUCUACGUCAUCAUGCUGCUCGGUUUCUCGCAAGCAUUCUAUUUCCUGUACAAGCACCCGAAGCAAGACAAGGACAGCAAGUACAUUAAUUUCGGAAGCACGUGGAUGGCGCUGUUUCACAUGACUCUCGGAGAUUAUGAUUACACCGCCAUGAACUUCAACAUCUACAGUGGCAUGAGCAAAUUUGUGUUCCUCGUGUUCACUAUCAUGCUGCCCAUUAUGUUGUUGAACAUGUUGAUCGCUAUGAUGGCCAACACAUACAGUACCGUCAUCUCUAUGUCGGAGAAGGAGUGGGUCAAGGCAUGGGCCAAGAUCGUCAUCGCCCUGGAACGCGCCAUAUCCCAGGAGAAGGCGAAGACGUACCUCUACAUGUACAGCCUGCCCCUCGGCGGCGGCGGCGACGGGGGGGAGGAGGCCCUCGGCGUCAUGGUCAUCAAGAGCAAGGACAAGACGAAGGCCAAGCAGAGGAAGGGAGCGCUCAGUAACUGGAAGCGCGUGGGCCGAGUCACAAUCGACGCCCUGCACAGAAGGGGCGUCACCGGUGAAUUCUUACGCAGGGAAAUGUGGGGCCUACAGACAGCAGCUUCCACGCCUGUUAAAGGGCCAACCAAGAAGAAGGGCGGGCCGGGCAUGUACGGCAUCACGGGCGUAGGCGGCGGCGGCAGCGGCGUCGACAUCAUGGGCGACGCGCUCAACCAGGCCAUGUUCGCGGCCGACAUGGACGGCGACGGCAUCCCCGACAACGGCUUCGGCGCCUUCAGCGGCGCCAUCGACCAGCUGGCCUUCACGCACGACCUCGACUUCUCCGGCGACGGCGUCGACGACGACCCGCUCAAGGCCAAGGGGCCCGGAGGGGCGGCGCCCCCGAAUGGAGCCCCAGGGGCGCCCGGCUCCGCGUCCCAGGCCGCGCCCGAGAAGAAGAAGAAGAAGAAGAAGCCCGAGGACGGCUUCGACAACCCCGCCUUCAUCGACGACGAGGAGCUGCUGCUGGCGGCGGCGCUGGGCGGCCACGAGUCCGACGACUCCGACGACGCCGAUAUGCUGGCGUCGCGCCGCCUGGCGCAGCCCAGGAUCGUCAUCCAGGCGGAGACAGUCACGGCCGCCCCCGUCGUGGCCCCGCCGGCGCCCGUGGGCCCCGCGGCGGCCAAACCCACGAAGCCGCCGCCGCAGCCGCCCGUCGACGUGAACGCCCUCGCGCGGCCGCGGCUGCCGUCUGCCAAGAUGCGGCGCAUCGGCUCGGCGCGCAAGACGCCCUCGCGCUUCACCAUGACGUUCGACGACGGCUUCGGUGCCCAGAAGGCCAAGGGCGCCAAGGUCGGGGACGCCAAGGUCCUCGGCGCCGCGCCGCCGUCCGAGGGCGCCGCCGCCAAGGAAGCUAAGGGCAAAGCAAGCCUCGAGGCCGACGCGUCGCCGCCGGAGGAGGACGCCUCGGGCGAGAAGUGGGCCUCGAAGCCCCGGCGCAGUAGCAAGAACAAGGUGGCGCCGUCGGGCAGCUCGGAGGAGAGCGUCGAGGCGGAGACCAAGGACGACUUCGACGUGGGCCUCCAGUCGGGCGCCGACUCCACGCGCGAGGAGGUCCGGGCCAAGGAGAAGAAGGAGCGCCCCAAGACGUCCGUGGCCAGCCAGAAGAUGAAGAAGCGCGCCACGGACGACGUCGGCAACAUGAACAGCAUCCUGCCGUGGGACAACGAGGACGGCGACAUCAAAUAG